AUGAAAACGCUUAUUAAUUGGCGUACUCACUUACUAUUGUUUUUUAUAGCAAUCCUAUUUUUACACAAUAGUAAGGGUGUACAUAUAAAAAAAGCGUACAUCAUAAAUUAUAAUUAUAGUAGUAGCCCAAAUGGGAAAACAAAUACGACCAUAAAGAAUGAUAGCAGAAAUAGAUUAAAAAGUAGAAGAAAAGGGAACCUAAAUUAUGCAUUCGAAAAUGAAACUAAUAAUAUAACUACACAAGUUAAGCCAAUAAAUGUUGCUGUUUUGGGGAGUACUGGGAGUAUAGGAACUAACACCCUUGAUAUUAUACGAGAAUGCAAUAAAAUAGAAAAACAAUUUAAUGUUGAAGCAUUAUAUGUUAAUAAAAAUGUUCAAGGAAUAUAUGAGCAAGCUAAAGAAUUUUUACCAAAAUAUGUGUGUAUACAUGAUCCAAGUAAAUAUGAAGAACUAAAAAAAUUAUUAGAAAAUAUUAAAAAUUAUAAUCCAAUAAUAUUAAUAGGUGAUGAAGGUAUGAAAGAAAUAUGUAGUAGUAAUGAAAUAGAUAAAAUAGUUAUUGGUAUUGAUUCAUUUCAAUGUGUAUAUUCAACAAUAUAUGCAAUCAAAAAUAAUAAAACUAUUGCAUUAGCAAAUAAGGAAUCUAUUGUAUCUGCUGGAUUUUUCUUAAAAAAAUUAUUAACUGUUCAUAAAAAUUCGACAAUAAUACCUGUAGAUUCUGAACAUAAUGCAAUAUUCCAAUGUUUAAAUAAUAAUAUAUUAUUAAAAUCAAAAUGUUUACAAGAAAAUUUUUCUAAACUAAAUAAAAUAAAUAAAAUAUUUUUAUGUUCAUCUGGUGGACCAUUUCAAAACUUAUCAAUAGAUGAACUAAAAAAUGUAACAUCAGAAAAAGCAUUAAAACAUCCAAAAUGGAAUAUGGGAAAAAAAAUAUCAAUAGAUUCAGCUACGAUGAUGAAUAAAGGAUUAGAAGUAAUAGAAGCUCAUUUUCUUUUUGAUAUUGAUUAUAAUGAUAUUGAAAUACUUGUACAUAAAGAAUGUAUAAUGCAUUCAUGUGUAGAAUUUUUAGAUAAAUCUGUUAUAUCACAAAUGUAUUAUCCAGACAUAAGAGUUCAAAUUAUAAAUGCAUUAACAUGGCCUAAUAGAAUAAGUACAAAUUUAAAAUCCUUAAAUUUUGAAGAAGUAUCACCUCUUACUUUUUAUAAGCCAUCAUUAGAACAUUUUCCAUGUAUUAAAUUGGCUUAUCAUGCCGGUCGGAAAUCAAAUUUCUUCCCAACAGUUCUUAAUGCAGCUAAUGAAGUUGCUAAUAACCUCUUCCUAAAUAAUAAAAUUAAAUAUUUUGAUAUCCCAGCUAUUAUUUCACAAGUUUUAGAAUUAUUUAAUCCUCAACAAAUUUCUGAAACACCAGAAGAUCUUAUGAAACAAAUUUUGGACAUACACAAUUGGUCCAAACAAAAAGCCAUGGAUAUAUAUAAUAAAAAAAUAAGUUCUUAA